CCUAGACACCCAGGAAAUGACAGCAGUAGAUCCGAGGCAAAACAGCAACAGCAACAGCAGUGUUUACCGAGAGUCGCGGAGCGCAAGGAAGGCAAGCGUCUAAUCUCAACGAGAUAGUCUGUAUUUUAGACGCAGUGGAGCUUCCCAGCCGUUCUGUGGUUUUAACGAUGCCGCCUUUUAUAACCGAGAGACAGAUACCGAUCGCGGUGGUGUUUGGUGCCGUAGUGCUGUGUGUUAGCUUUGUUAGCCAGGGGGAAUGCCAAACAACACCACCACCAACUCCCUGCUCUGCUUACAAAAACUGUGACUCUUGUGUUCCACAUGCCAAGUGUCUGUGGUGCUUCACCACCAACAACUGCACAGAAUACCCAGUGAGCUGGUUGCUGCCUCCAGCCUCCGUGUGCCAGCUGUCCCAGGCCCGUUGGGGAGUGUGUUGGCUGAACUUUGAAGCCCUGAUCAUUGCCCUUGCUGUCCUGGGCGGAACCAUCCUCAUCAGUAUUAUUGUAUGCUGCUGCUGCUGCUGCUGCUGCAAGAAGCGGCCAUCAAGUCCUGACAGAGAUGAGGAGAUAUUUGCCAGGAGGAGAGAGGAGAUCAAACAGCGCGCCGAUGAGCGGAAAGGGGAGAGAAAGGCAAGGCACGAUGAGAUCCGCAGGAAGUAUGGUCUGAUCGGUGACUCGGACCACCCAUACAGCAAGUUUGAGAAUGAGUAAAGCAGCUGCACUGGAGGAGCUCCUCAGACAGCAUGUUGAGCUGCUCUUCAGUCGUAGCUUGGAGUGAUGCCCGUUUCUCAGUGAGACAAAUACCAGAGUUCAGAAUAAUCCAUUUCAGACAAAAAUCACCAUUUCACACUUUUCAAACAAUAACAAAGCUGGGAAGAAAAUCUGAAUUUCUUUAGCCUUCUGAUUCGUGAUGAGGAUGCAGUGUUGUGUGUUGGACGGAUGUUGAAGCUUGUUUUAAAACUUCCUGCAAAGUUCUUUCGUCUUCUUACUUUUCAUUAUGAGCAGUCUCUUUUUUAAUAUUGUAGUUUCAUAUCAGUCUUUGCACUUUGUACAUACAGUAUUGAUUUAUGAAAUACAAAAUAAUGAUUGUACCGCAGAUGUGUUCUGACAUGAAUAAAAAUCUUCUCUGUAUAA